AUGCGUGCCGAACUUCAAAAGUUCUUAUCGUCGAUAACACUUGACCAGAAAAAAGUUGACGACACGAUCAUGAAAGCAGUGUCGAAGAACAUUGAAGGUAUGUUUUUCCUGUACGGCCAUGGGGGCACCGGGAAGACAUUUAUUUGGAACACACUUUCCGCCACUGUUCGUUUUGAGAAGGGCAUUGUCAUUAAUGUUGCCUCGAGUUGCAUUGCUUCAUUGCUCCUUUCGGAUGGUAAAACAACACAUUCUAGACUUGAACUCCUAAUAAUUGUGCAUGAGAGCUCCACCUGCAGCAUCAAACAACAAAUUUCUCAAGCAGAGCUGUUGAUUGAAGCAAAACUUAUUAUAUGGAUUGAAACCCCGAUAAUGCAUAGGUUUUGUUUUGAAGCAUUGGACAGAACCAUGCGAUAG